CGACGCGACGUGGAAGAAAGAAGAAGGAAGAAGGUAAAGGGAGGAGCUUGAUGCUUUACAGUGCUUCGCUGUUCCUCCUCGCCUUCUCCGGUUCUUCCCCUCUGCUGGGAUCUCGAUAAUUGCCCUAAAUCCGGAAAGAGAAAUGGAAGAACGAAGGUCAAAAGGAAGGGAGGAAGAAGUCAGACCCCGCAUUUCCUAGAUCAUGGUGGUUUGGUGUUUUCUUCCUUUUGACUCCUGCGCGCAUCUGAGUUGAUUUCCGCGUCGUAGUGGGCGGCACCUUCUUCCUCCUCCUCCGCCUCUUCUCCUCCCUCUUUUUUAUGGUCAUUGACUCGUUCUUGUUUGAUUACUUUUUUCUCAUCAGAGUUCAUGGGCACGAAAUCUCUGUCGCCCUCUGACUCGUUCUUGUCCUGUGGCUGUUUAUACUCUAUCUUCCCUGUUUCUCUGAGUUAUAGGGAGUCUGGUUCCAGCUAAAUCUGAUUUGUUCCGCUCUGGAAUUCCAUUUUUGGUAGCCAAGUUGCAAACUUUGAUCUGUUCUGUGUUCGGUUCUUCGUUGGAUUUGGACAUUUGGUGUUUCAUUAAUUUAAGAUUCGAUUCGAUUCGAUUCGAUUUUGUUUUCGGCUUGGUCGCCCUAAUCGAGAGAGAUUUCGCUGAUUUUUUUUUUUUGAGCUUCCUCGCGGUUGAGAAAUGGGGAAGAAGUGUGUCUGGGAAUGUUCGUGAGCUUCGUGUUUUGCGGAUCUCGGGGCCGCGAUCGUUUCCCAAAGUGCAGGUGCCGUCGAAUCUUGUCGCGGUUCGUCUUCUGAUCGAAGCUGAGAGAGCGGGCGGCUGUUUGGGAUCGACAUGGGUUGCACGGGAUCGAAGCAGCUACGCGGCGGGCGGAGUCCCGGUGUCGUCGGGCGUAGCCAGUCGCUUCCCGUCCAGUUGGCCGGCGGCAGACGGCAGCGGAGCGGGGACGGCUACCACGACGUCUCGCUCACAUCCUCCACCCUCGGCUUGCUGAUGCUCGACCAAGGAGACCACAGCUCCGACGACGAGGUAACGGCGAAGAUCUCCGCCGGACACCAGGUAGCAGCGGUGGCGGCGAUCAAGGCAGGAAACGCGAGGGAGAUCGGUUGUUGCCACGAUACUUGGUCCGAGAUGAUCGAGCGGCGGAUCCCGAAGACGCCGACGAUGACCCCGCCCAAUGAGCCCGAGGUCAUCAACGCAUGGGAGCUCAUGGCCGGCCUUGAGGACGCCAGCCCCCUCCUCCUCCUCCCUCCCGCCGCCCACCACCGCUCCUUUUCGUUCCACACCGUCCGGGACGCCCACCGCUCCUCGCCUGACUCCGAGUUCACCAGCAGCUACUCGCCCAAGCCGGAGUGGAUGGAACUCAGCCCCGAUGACUCCGUCUUCUCCGAUUUUGACACCGAGAUUUUGUCCGCCUUCCGCGAAGCCCUAACUCAAUCCCCAAAGAGGGAAAUGGAGGAGGAAGAAGACAAGAAGAAGCCCUCUCUCAGCGUUGUACGAGCGAGGAUCAAUGAGUUCCAGCAAAAGAUCGACGCGAAGAAGGCGAGCAGAAAUCCUACUUCCGCAAAGGUGGCGCCUUCCUGCAAGUGCCCGCCCGGCGGCGAGGGGAAAGUGGUUUUCUACUUCACCAGCCUCCGCGGAAUCCGCAAAACCCACGAGGACUGCCGCACCGUCGACACGAUCCUCAAGGGCUACGGCGUCCGCGUCGACGAGCGGGACGUGUCGAUGCACGCCGGGUUCAAAGAGGAGCUCGUCGGAAUACUAGGGCCCGGCUACCGGCUGCCGCGCGUCUUCGCCGACGGAAGCUACAUCGGCGGUUCCGACGAGGUGCGGCAGCUCCACGAUCAGGGGAUAUUGGGCAAGCUGUUGGAGUGCUGCGAGAUGGCGCCGCAGGGGAAGGGCGGAGGCCGCGCUAGCGGCGGGGAGGUGGGGUGCGAGUUGUGCGGCGACGUCAGGUUCGUCCCCUGCGAGACCUGCUCCGGAAGCUGCAAGGUCUACGUGGAGGAAGAGGAGGAGGAGGAGGAGGAGGAGCUCGGCGGAGGUUUCCGGCGAUGCCCGGAAUGCAACGAGAACGGGCUCGUUCGAUGCUUGCUCUGCCGUUAAAGCCCGCUCAACGUGUUCGACGUAUUUGAGUCUACAUGUACAGUACGGAGUCGGUACAAAUUUCAUUUUACCCCUAGUUAUUAUUGUUUGUUUUUCAUUUUACCACUCGACAAUUAGAAUAUUAUAUUUUGUCCUCAGAUUGCAAAAUUGAAAUACAAGCACACUCUCCGUCUCUCCCA